AUGACAACAAGCCAGACCACAAGGAUCAUUGUAGCACUUCCGGCGGUUCUGGCGGCGGCGGCGGCCAUACUACUGGUCAUCAUCCCGCCGUCGUCGGCGUGGUUCUGGACCUACGAACACGUCCACAUAGUGAACGAGCUGGACGGCGGGAAGACGCUGAUCGCCCACUGUCACUCCUUGCAACACGAUUUGGGUGUCCAAUACGUCAACGCCGGGGAAGAGUACGAGUGGAGGUUCAAGCCACGUGUAUUCAAACGAACCCUCUGGCGCUGCUACUUGGCACCGGACGGUUUUCGCCACGUGGCGUAUGACGUGUACAACGAGUCGAAUCAGGUCGUAGAUUACGAUUUUAACGUGUAUUGGGUUGCGAAGGAAGAUGGGAUAUAUAAUAGAGACCAUGUUAACCGUCAGGAUUUCUUCUCUCAGCCGUGGGACGCCGGACGCCUUCCGAGUUUGAUUGGUUGA